AUGGCGGCUAAGAAGGCCUGCCAAUCCUUUUCCAAGGGAUUGAUCGAGGACGUUCACAGAUGGAGUUGUUUGAAGCAGACGGGGGUGAGCUUGAGGUAUAUGAUGGAAUUUGGGUCCAAACCCACUGAUAGGAAUUUGCUGAUUUCCGCUCAGUUCCUUCACAAGGAGCUUCCCAUUAGGAUUGCUAGAAGAGCUAUUGAGCUCGAGAGGCUUCCAUAUGGAUUAUCUGAAAAACCUGCUGUCCUGAAGGUCCGAGAUUGGUACUUAGAUUCCUUCCGUGAUCUCAGAACUUUUCCUGAGAUCAAGAAUAUGAAUGAUGAGAAAGAAUUCACUGAAAUGAUUAAGGCCAUCAAGGUGAGACACAACAAUGUGGUGCCCACAAUGGCAUUAGGCAUUCAACAGUUAAAGAAAGGCAUGGCUCCAAAGAUAGUUUAUGAAGAUCUUGAUGAUAUUCAGCAGUUCCUUGAUCGCUUCUACAUGUCAAGAAUUGGAAUCCGUAUGCUUAUUGGGCAGCACGUUGAGUUGCACAAUCCCAAUCCUGCUCCGCAUGUUGUAGGUUAUAUUCAUACAAAAAUGUCUCCGAUGGAGGUGGCAAGGACUGCUAGUGAAGAUGCUCGUGUUAUAUGUUAUCGUGAAUAUGGCAGUGCUCCAGAUGUUCAGAUUUAUGGGGAUCCUGGUUUUACUUUUCCGUAUGUUCCCGCUCACUUGCAUCUUAUGGUAUUCGAGCUGGUUAAGAACUCACUGCGUGCUGUCCAAGAGCGAUUUAUGGAUUCUGACAAAGUUGCCCCUCCCAUCAGAAUAAUAGUGGCUGAUGGGGAAGAGGAUGUUACCAUAAAGGUUUCAGAUGAGGGAGGUGGAAUUCCAAGAAGUGGCCUUCCCAAAAUUUUUACAUAUCUCUACAGUACUGCUAGAAACCCAUUGGAUGAGCAUUCAGAUAUUGGAACAGCUAAUGCUGUGACAAUGGCUGGAUAUGGAUAUGGUCUUCCUAUUAGCCGCUUGUAUGCUCGGUACUUUGGGGGUGAUCUUCAAAUCAUCUCUAUGGAAGGAUAUGGGACCGAUGCGUAUCUGCAUUUAUCUCGUUUGGGUGGUUCUCAGGAACCUUUGCCCUGAAAGUAAUUAUUCUGGUUCCUCCUAACUCCAAGUUACCACAAGUUACUGGAGGAAGCACUUUGCAAGAUAAAAGGAUUGUGACUCCAGAAAAUAACAAAUUUACUGUCAAUCUUCCAUUCUUCUAAUCGGUAAUUUUCUUGUAGAUAUGACAUUAUACAAUGCUCGACGAUUAUGCAUGAGAAAUGAUUCUCUCGUUCCCGU